AAAUGUCAUCUCAAGAAAGUGGAUGUAAUUGUGGUGAAUCUUGUAAAUGUGGUUCAACUUGCAAUUGCGGUACCAAAACCAAAACAUCUGAAACUACUUCUACUACUAAACGAGCAUUUGUUGUCAGACAAACCAAUAUCAAUGAAUCUUUCUUGUUCAAAGAAAACUAUUCACGUUAUAUAACUGCAGCAAAGAAUUAUCGGUGUGUUUGA